CUAAUCAACAUACAACCACACAUUUGCAUGAACAUUAUCAAAUAAACAGCAUCAUUUGGGCCGAUGGCCAGGAUUGUACAGCAAAAAGGAAAAUUGCGAGCAAGUUUAUUGUGAUGGGAUCAACAACAAAUACUUUGAGCAAAUUUAGUGCAGAAUGAGCAUGCUCGUUCCAAAAUCGACAAGAUUCAAUCAAUCCUUAUUCACUAUUAUUGCUUUUUGCUAUUUCGCCAUUCAACUCAUCGAAGCAAAAGGAGCCUAUUCCGAAUACAAGGAACAUUUGCAUAAAAUCACUUCGCAGGAUAACUUUAUCAUCAUUGACGGACAAGAGGCACAACUAUAUCGACUGUUCGGCUUCCUUCCGUCUUUGCAUACGUUUUGGGUUCAAAUUGCACUAUUUUGUGUAACACUGGCAGUAAUUUGCAUCUCUUCUUGGCUUUUCAUAAAAACAAGAUCAGCAAACAAAGGUCCAACUCUUACUGUGGAGGAGAUCAUCACAACUUACUUGCCCGAUCCAAUUGUACGACUUUUAUUCUACAUUCAAUUCGAAGGUGCAGCCUUUUGGUCAACUCUUUUGGAAGACAUCAUGAGUGUCAUUCAUGCUCCCUUGAGUAUCGGACUCAACCUGGCGUCUAGACUAUCUUAUAAAGCAAGAAGCACUUUUGACGAUUCUACUGACGAUUCCUACGCACUCAAUCCACUCAGAGGCUCGCGUGGAAGGAGAAGGAAACAGACUCCCAACUCUGCUAGCAGCAGUCGAUCUGCUUCACAUGCAAACGGCCAAGGCCAACAUUAUGCAGGUCUUUGGAAUACGGGUAAUAGCUGUUUCUUGAACAGCACCUUACAGAGUAUCACGAGCAUUGCAACUGUUCAAGAUGUUUUGAAAGAAGUUAUCGAACAGGCAGAGCAAUGGGACGUUCCAACUCCUGUGACUGAUGCAUUGUAUGAUUUGAUCUUGCAACUCAACACACCUUCCACCAGUCGACAUGCAGUGAUUCCACGACAAUUGACUGACGCAUUAUCCAAAUUACCACAAACAAAUGUCGGGUCAUUCUUUUAUGCUCAUCAACAACAAGACGCUCAUGAAUUGCUCGUCCUUCUGACAAGUGCUAUAGAUGACGAGAUGAAUGCGAUCCUUGCCGAACGGAAUGCAGCUCUCGAAUCACAUGCAUCAGGUCUCAAGGCUGCUCUUCUGCCAUCGAUACGACCAACAAGCACAAAUUUGACUCCAUUCAGCAACCCAUUCAGGGCUCUGGUAGCACAGCGUACUGCCUGUCUGGAUUGUGGGUAUGUUGAAGCAGUUCGCCACUAUCCAACAGACGAGCUCAGCCUAAAUGUUGCUGUUCGGCCAGGAUCAGCUACAACAAUUGAAGCAUGCUUGGCACACUGGAGCAAGCUAGAGGUAGUCGACUGGAUAUGCUUUCGGUGUAGUCUUUUACGAACAAUCAACAGGCUCAAGGAUGAAUCAAUGUAUCUUGAAAGCCAAGCAGCCAAUGCGUCAUCACCGAAAGAGUCAAAUACACCCAAUGGACAUGCAAUGUCUUUAUCGACAAAGAAGAAGAGCGGCGCAAAGAGAAGGAAGGCGAAAGAUAUGAAAGGCAAGGUAGAUAUCUUGACAGAGAUCUUAGCUCAAGGUUACUCGGAAGAUGAGGUGGAAGCAAAGCAAAUCUUGUCGUUGAACGACAUCAAACUUGAUCGAACGUUUAGCAGAGCUGCAACGAAACAAGUCAUGCUUGCCAGAACGCCGCGAGUGUUGGUAUUGCAUCUCAAUCGAAGUAGCUAUAGUGCAAGCUCAUUUGGAGCGAGCAAAAAUAAUGCUGCCGUUUUGUUUGAUGAUGAACUUGACCUGUCGGGUAUCGUUACAGGAGGUGAUUUGACAACGAGUGGUGACAGACCUAUAAGCAGAGGAGCAACUCCAUUAAUUGGCGAAAGUGCUGGCCCAGAUUUAUGGUCUGUUCAAGGCAAAAAAGGAAAGAGUAGCACUACUAAUGGUCAUCAUAUGGAAACCGAUAGUGACGGAUAUGUGACGAAUGGGCAUACAUACCAACAACCUAAAGCUUUUACUAAGACGAGAUACCGCUUAUCUGCAAUCGUUGUUCAUUAUGGAAAUCACUCAUCUGGCCAUUAUGUCUCUUUCCGAAGACGGAAAGCUUCCUAUCAGAAUGGUAAUACGAAGCAACUGGAUGGAUUAGACGACCUUCUACAUCCUGCUAGAGAUCGUGAUCGAUGGUAUCGGAUAUCGGAUGAUAGCGUAAAGCAAUGUACAUUGGAAGAUGUGAGAAGUCAAAAUCCGUUCUUGAUGUUCUACGAAAGGAUAGGAGAUGACGCUCAAAGAUUGUCAAAGCUACGAGCCAAUGGUCACACGAACGGAACUUCGCAUAAUGGACGUCAGCAACCGUCCGAUAGCAGUGGAUCUGAUGCAGAUCAUCAAUCGUCUCUGACCCGAUCGAACUCCCACAUCCCUCAAGGCUUUGAAGCUAUAGCGCAGAAGCAAGAAAGUGCUUUGCAUCCCGCUCCCUUCAAACCUCGAGUAUUUCAUCGUUGGGAAAGCUCUCCAUCCUUCACAGCAGAAAAAGUCAAAGUGGAACCUGACUGAAAAACUGUAUGUGUAUUUGUAUUUUUAUCAAUGAAUUUAAAAAAUAUUGCAUGUAUAAACAAUAGGUUUCUCUCAAUUAGGUGGU